AUGGGUGACAACGCCCCCGCGCUACCAUCCAAGCAGCCACCGGCAAAUGAUCCGAACCCGAACCCGAACCCGAACCCGGACGUGAACGCGGUAGACGAAAGCCAACAAAGCCCCUUUCCUCUUACGGCUGUCGACAAGUGGGUGCUCUCUCAGACUGAUGAGGAAUUCAAGUGUCACUCAUGGGAUGAGCUGCGAACUCUUAUCCAAAACAAUGACCUCUCCGUCCUCAAACGCAAACCCUCCGACCUCCGGCGCUACAUGAAAUGGACAGCCGAGACCAAAGCCUCAUACGGCAGCAUGACCGCCUACCUGCUCGCCCACCGGUUACCGAAAGCCUGGGGAGCCGGACCGCCCUUCACGCCCGUCUCCGACGUCCCCUUUGCCGAUCCCUCCGACUACUGCGUCCUGCUGAAUGACUGGCCGUACGGGUUCGAGCCGGGCAUCACCCACAUUGUCGUGUGGACGCGCACCGUCAUUGCGACGGAUGAUGACAAGGGUGAUAUGACGCCUGAGAGUCGCAAGAUUGUGGAUGAUUUCGUGAAGCGGUACUUUGUUGAUCGGCUGGGCCCUGGUGGCGAGGAGAAAGUCUUGUGGUUCAAGAACUGGGUGGCAUUGCAGAGCGUGAGGGCGCUGGAGCAUAUUCAUGUUUUGGUGAAGGGUGUUGAUCCGGCGGUUAUUGAGGAGUGGACCAGGGUGCGAGAGUUGCAUAAGGCGUAG